CCGAUGCGGAGGUUUUUCCAACGUUCCGACCGGAUGAAAAAUCUAGCAACGUCAAGGGAUGGUUGCAUAAGAUCGACCAAUUGGGCGACGUGUACGGAUGGGACAACAAAGAUCGACAUUUCAUCAUGCAGGUACGUCUUCGAGGGUCGGCUAGAGACUGUGCAGUACACCACAGCAACUAUACUACGGCCAGCCAUCCGCGACCGACUACCACGUGGCGAAGAGCGGACGCCAUUGCUACAAUUGCAAGAGGGAGUGACUUUCAACCGAAGAAAUGUUACGCCUGUCGAAGAGAAGGUCAUGAAGCAAAGGACUGCAAGGUGCCACGCUGCGAGGUGUGCCAUCGCCCGGGUCACACGUCUGCCAGCUGCUGGCAUGCGGCCAGCUCUUCACACCAAAAAGUGUCGUACAGCAGCGACAAACCAGGCGCCAAUAGCAGCGCUGAUCGCCGUGUGA